CUGGGAUACUGGUGCCCGCGCCUCAAAAAAGGUUUCCAGUGCCGGCUGCCUGUCCAGGCUCCGAGCGGCGUGAGUGAUAGCUUAUAUUGGGAGAUUUUGGCGGUUGUGUCGGCUUUGGAUUGGGCGAAAUCGCAUGGUCAGGCUCCACUGCGUCUCCUCAUCUAUUGCGACAACAAGCAGACCGUCAAGCUGUUCAACUCCAUGAAGGCGAGACGUCCAUUCGUCGAACCUAUGAAGGCAGCAGUGGAUAUCCUCUUGGAGAACUCUAUCGAGUUGCGAGUCCUGUGGAUUGCAGGGAACGAGAACACCGUCGCUGACGCCCUGUCGCGGUUCGAAAACGACCUAGUGCGCCGCCAUGCGCCGGAUACUGUAAUCCGAUCCUUCACACCUCCACGAUCCGCACUA